AACCUCUUCAUGAGUAAGUUCGGGCCGCAAAGACCUCCUAGUCGAGACUAUUCUGAGGAGGGCUUUUUAUCUGCUUACAAUAAAACUGGCAGUUGAGUAGGAUGCAGCAAGGUGGACGAAAGGGGUUAAGGAUUUGGCAUAGGUUUCUAGAAUUUGAAGAGCACCUCUAGAUUAGAAUUUGUGUUACAAGAACGAAGACUGGGGUUUGUCGAGAGAUCUGCGCUCAUACCUAAGAGGGUGUAGGCACACUGCGUCAUCGGUCACGGGAAAUCGCGUUGCGCUCGUGCGCUCUUUCCGCGACUAACAAAGGCACAUUUCGCAGCCUGUUUUUGUUGUUUACUCGACCCCGCUUGACACCAACUCUGAGUACUGCGCUCCCCUCUCUGGGGCGCUCCAGAUUACAUAGCGGCCAUGUCUUCCAAUGCACGCAAAGGUCACGUCUUCCAGACAAAGAACAUUAAGAAGCGCAGCGGCAGUAAGCAGGGCGACAAGAAGCCUGGCGAUAAGACCAAGAUCGAUACCAAAGUCAAUCGCUGCCAUUUCCUCGAGCUGCCUGCUGAGAUCCGCAAUCGUAUAUACUACUACGCCAAAGAAAAGAUGUUUGUUGAUUAUGAGGAUUGGGAUGACCCUACACCACCGCUUCUGGUCAAGAACACCAAGACUGCAGCUGACAGUACUAUCGUGCCGCAUGUACUGAGUACUCUGCGCUACCGUGCGCUCACCCAGGUCUGCAAGCAAACCCGGACGGAGUAUCGGCCUAUUUGGCUUCGUCAAUCUUGCUUCUGCAUCGAACUCUCAACAGUCGCUCAGUUCAUCGUCACAUACUACCCCAAGGUUCUAGAUUACCAGAACGCCCCGAAGCUUUUGGUUAUUUCCUGGGACCACGGUCAAAUUGGCGCUGAAUCCGAGGAAGAUUGCGACGAUGACGAGGAGUCUACGGAGGACGUUCUGACAAACAUCGCCCUCUUGACCCGCCUACGCGCACACUGCCCAACUCUUACCGUCAACUUCAUCUCCCGUCGGGUACUUGAAGACGAUGAACCCAACAUAAUGUGCUUCGAAUGCGGACACAGCAUCCAUUGCGGAUGCGGUAUAGAUUGCGAUCACGAGGAUACUUGGGGUGAGGUACUAUGGCGAAUGAAAUGGAGUUAUCAGUAUCUCGAGGCACUGAAUGCUUUCCUCGCCAACACCAACGAGAAUUGGCUGAAGCUGUUUCGCGGCACCGCCAAUCUACAACCCCAUGUGGAGUUCACUUUCCACACCAAUACUCAGCGUCUCACUAUCUACAUCCGUUUCUCAAAAGGCCAAGCUCCCAGGGGAUUCAAAUUGAAGAGCAUGUACAACUCUGCUCUUGGCUUCCUCAAUCACUGGGGUAUGUUGGAUCUCAAAGCUAGCGAUUCGAUCGACUAUGUCAUUGGCGAAGCAACUAGCAAGUACACGCGCCACGCUGGCGGGUGUGGCAGCUAUGUCUGCACCUACAACCAGAUCCACCUUGACAACUCCACCAUCGCUGGUUGGAAGAAAGAGAAAGAGGCCAAGACAUUCGCGUCUUGAGUCUUCGAGGGUUGCCUAGAUCACGAAAGGUCAUGAUAGAAAGUCACCGUAGUUCAUAGUACAACGGCCAGAGGGCUCGGGUUAUGUUCAGAAAACAUCGGUGAAGGAGAUGUUCAUGUGUAUACUUGUCAGCCUCAUUACAUGUAGUUCAUACCUUCUAGCUGAUGGAAACAUU